UAUAUAUAUAAAAGCCCCAAGUUGCAACAAAUGCAUGAAUCUUUGUUCGACCUUGAAAUAAUCAGACGUACUCCAAUAUGCGUCCUUUCUUCCUGCUGAGCCUCGCUGUUCUGGCCCAGGGAGCCACUCUGAUUCCCUCCACCUGUUUCGACUCCUACACCUCUCUUGAAGAAUACUUCUCUUACCUUUAUCCAUGGGGUUCGGAUCACAAUGGAUCCGCCCGGAUGAUUGGCAAUUCCUCCGAUCACGAGUACAUCUUGAUCGACACACCCGGUAUUCUGACCCUGCUUGCCAGACCGGUCAAUGGCCAAGAUCCGACUAGCGGUGGCCAGGAAAUUAAUUAUCUCUCCGGUGCGGUGCAUUCGACCAAGACAUUUACCGUUGAGGCUGGGUCCGGGUUCGAUAUCCAGGCUGAAUUCCAGGCGCCUACUGCCCAGGGUACUUGGCCGGCAUUUUGGUUGAACGGAGCGAAUUCAUGGCCACCAGAGAUUGAUCUUGCGGAAUGGAAAGGAUCCGGUGAUAUCAGUUUCAACACAUUCAAUACGUCAUCUGAAGUGCAAUCUCUGGAUAUCGACUAUCCCUCCCCAUAUGAUUUCCACGCCGUGAAGAUCGAAGUUCGCGACGAAGAUGGCUCCAAUAUCUCGGUCAAUUUCUAUCUGGACGACGAGCUAGUCACGACUCAAUACGGCGCAGAUUACGUCGGAGAGCCAUUGCAUUUGAUUAUCAACCUGCAAAUGGAGGGUUCUUCAGGGUCUCCUGGGCCGACGACAGACACGUAUUAUCGCAUUCGUAACCUGUCUUUCGAGCAGAUCUAGUAAAUAGCUUCGAAUAUUGGAAUCAAAGUGAUUUUGUACUAAAAA